UGUUAACGAGUGAAACGGGUCGAGUUCGGAUGACCCGUUAACUUAACGGGUCGGAUUGAACCCGAUUCAAACUCAAUAAACUCAGGUCUAGCCCAAACAAAAAGCCCGGAUAAGAAACCCAAACAAUAACCGGAAAAUUAACGGUCCCGCCCAAAUAUUUGUUUACACUCCCACGAUUUAACCGCACACAUUCCGCUCUCACUCCAUUUCUCCGGGAAGCCGCUCUAUUGAAAAUUCGAACCUCUUCUUCCCAGAGAAUCCCCAAACCAAAAUUGCAAACCCUAAUCGCCGCCGUCAAUGGCCUCUUCCUCAUCGGGAACCCCCCGGUCACAGAAGGGAAACUUCCGAAACUGGACCGAACUCCCUGACGAAAUCACGUCGUCCAUACUCUCGCGGCUGGGAGCGAUCGAGAUCCUGGAGUCCGCUCAGAAGGUGUGCAUGAAAUGGCGCACAGUGUUCAAGGACCCGCUGAUGUGGCGCACUAUCGACAUGCGCAAUGAUGGGGAUUUCGACGAUGAACUUCCUUACGACGUGGAGAAGAUGUGCCGCCACGCCGUUGAUAGGAGCCGCGGCGGUUUGGUCGAUAUCAAUAUCGAGUACUUCGGCACGGAUGACCUCCUCCGAUAUAUCGCUCUUAGAUCAAGUGGAAUCAGACGACUUCGGAUAGCACAUUGCGAUGAAAUAACCGAUGAGGGAUUGAGUAAAAUGGCUAAGAGACUUUCCCUGUUACACGAUCUUGACAUCUCAUUAUGUCAACUCUCGUGUAAAUCUGUCCAAGUAGUUGGGCGCUCCUGCCCUCGUUUGACAUCAUUCAAAUGGAACAAAGAGUGGUUCAGAAUCUGGGAUGAUGACUCUGAUGAUGAUUAUGACAGCGAUGGGGAACCUCGGCCACCUGCUCCUUACAACAAACCGGAUGAUUCAGAUGCACUUGCUAUAGCACGAACGAUGCCUGGUUUAAUCCACCUCCAACUUUUUGGGAAUAAAAUGACAGAUAAUGGCUUGAGGAAGAUUCUUGAUUGCUGUCCUCAUCUCAAGUCACUUGAUCUGCGCCAUUGUUUCAAUCUCAGUUUGGGGGGAGAUUUGGAGUUAAGAUGCGUUGAACGAAUUAAAAAGUUGUGGCUUCCCAAUGAUUCCACCAAGGGCUAUGAAUUUGCUGCUAGAUAUGAUGGUUUCUGUCAUAGGUGGACCGAACUCCCAGACAUUACAUUUUCAAUACUGUCACGUUUGGGAACUGUCGACAUCCUAGAGAAUGCUCAGAAGGUGUGCAUGAAGUGGCGCAGAAUCUGUAAGGACCCUCGGAUGUGGCACACUGUUGACAUGCGCAAUAAUGGUGAUCCUAACCUGCCAUAUAGCCUUGAUAGGAUGUGCCGCCAUGCCGUAAAUCUUAGUGCUGGCAAUUUGGUCGAUAUCAAUAUUGAGUCAUUUGGCGAAUUUGAGCUCCUUCAGUAUAUCACAAAUAGUUCGAGUAAAAUCAGAAGGCUCCGAAUGGUGUGUUGCUAUGGCAUUUGCGAUGAGGGAUUGUCUGAAGUUGUUUCAAAAUUUCCGAUGUUGGAGGACAUUGACUUUACAUUGUGCAAAAAUAUUACGCAUAGAUCUCUGAAACUGAUUGGGCGCUGUUGCCCUCUUUUGAAAUCAUUGAAAGUGAACAAUGAGUGGCACAAGUACCCAGACGACUGGUUCAAUGAUGAUAGUGAUGAUGAAUUCUCUUUGAAUAGAGAUGAGGAUGCAAUUGCUGUAGCUCAAACGAUGCCUGGUUUGCGCCACCUCCAGCUGUUUGGGAAUCAGAUAACUAAUGAGGGCUUGAAGAAGAUUCUAGAUGGUUGUCCUCAUCUCGAGUCACUUGAUCUGCGGCAUUGUUUCAAUCUUGAUCUCGGGGGAGAUUUGGGACGAAUAUGCGCUGAACGAAUUAAAAAGCCGCUGCUUCCUAAUGAUUCCAUUGCUGGCUAUGAAUUUAGCCCUUCAAUUGAUUGGCGUAAUCAACAAUUGAGUCGUCAUGAAAUCCCUGUACCACACUGGUGGGAUCUGCAUGGAAAUUAUGAUAGUAGUGAUUGAUCGGUUUGUAUGGUGAUCAUGAGGAAUCUGAAUUGGGAGUGGUUGUGAAGCUUCAUCCAUCGUAGUGGUCCGAUACUUCAUGACGGUUCUGUUUCUCGGUUUGUAGUAACAUUAUUCUCCUUAGAUUCUCAAGAGCUGAAACAAUUUAGCAGUCUCUUAUGGUUUGCAGUCUGCAGUUUGCUGGCUGCAUUUUAUUUAUCAGACAAAUGUUAAGAUUUUAGCUUUUCGACGUCCUCUUUACUUGUGUACUAUCGCCAUGAAAGGCGUAAUGUCUACUUACCUAAGCUUAAUGUU